GAGAUGACUACCGAAGCAACAUAACCACGUCCCCCAGACUCUGACUUUACAGCCUGUCUAUCGAAUGACCAAGCACCAGAAUGACAGCUAGAUUCGCCAUCAAGUCCCUCGACCACCUGGUGCUGACGGUGCGGUCCAUCCCUACGACGGUGGCCUUCUACACCUCCCACCUCGGAAUGCGACAUGAGAUCUUCACCUCUCCGAGCAGUCCGGACGUCCAACGUCAUUCCCUCAUCUUCGGUUCGCAGAAAAUCAACCUUCAUGAACGCGGCAAGGAAUUCGAGCCCAAGGCCCAGAAUGUGAUGUCGGGCAGUGCGGACCUCUGCUUCUUGACUGAUACCAAAGUCGGUGAGGUGAAGAAGGCUCUCGAGGAGGCUCGCAUUGAGCUAUUGGAGGGGGGUGAGAUCGUUCAGCGCACCGGAGCUCGAGGCAAGAUCCACAGUGUGUAUUGUCGCGACCCGGACGGCAAUUUGAUUGAGGUCUCCAAUUACGCGUAAGAAGACAAAAAAGCACCGCGUGGAGUUUGUUGGUGGUGCCCAUUGUCGAUAGAGCGUGGAUCGGUUUGUAUGCAGGAGGACGGUGAUAAUGUCUUGAUAUCAAUUUUAGGUAAUGAAGAC